AUGGCCGACGCUUCAUACGACAACAUGACACGGACGACGCACAGGAUGAUCGACAGCUACAAUCAAUGGGACAUCGACGCCAUGAUUGCCAACCGCACAGCAGACUGCGUCACCGAGAUUCUGCCAAAAUCCAUGGGCAGAGAGCCGAUGAACAAUACGGAAUAUCGAAUGUACUUCGCUAGCGUCAUGUCCAUGUUUCAGGGCUUCACUGUCAUUAUCGAGAGCGAGCUGUAUGAUGUCCAGACCAAACGGGCAGCGCUGCAUCUCCGAUCUGUUGCACAGACGCCUGUCGGACGAUACAGUAACGAGUAUGCCUUUUUCUUGACAUUUGACCACGACUGCAAUAAGAUCAGUCGAUUCGAGGAGAUGGUCGAUAGCAAGUAUACCGUGGGGCACUUGAUCGGGCUGAGAAGCCAUCUUCGGAAGCACCGUGGUAACAUGGAGGUGGCGUGGGCGAACACCCUGUGUCGAGCGAGAUUAUGA